GCCUUCUAGAAGUUGGAACUAGUUACUCAUCCUUUCUCAAUCUCAUCUAUAGAGUAUGGGCCAAUUUCUGCCCCCCUCCCCCUUCCGCCUGAGCUUUCAGGAAGUGAUGUUCUGUGCUCCUUUUCUCUGAAGGCUAGGGCUAUGCUACCUCGGGACCAUCAAGGCGAUGCUGAGGCAGGUCCAGGGCAGAGCAAGGCUUUAGCAUGUGAGGGCAUCCUGUCCCGGAAGGGUCGGGGGGUGGGGGGGACGUCCUGGCCUGAGGAUGGGAAGGGCUGACCUCUUCUUUCCCAGCCUUGCCACCAUGAACACUUAGUAGACUUAUCUCAGCUUAUUUUCACUCCCCUAAAAUGGGGACAUUAUUUGGGAAGAUUGUGUGAGAUAAUAUACGUGUGAAAACACUUAAUAAUUUGUCUUAUUAUGAUGAAAAUUCUCUCAGUUAUAACUACUUUUUCAUGUGGCCCAUGCUUUGCCCCUCCAUUUCCAACAGGUGAAAUUUCUAGACCUCCUUUCUCCCAAAUAAGCCAUGCCUCCCAACAUGUCUUAAAGCACUGAUGAGAAUUAGAAGAUGUUUGGUAGAAAACUGGUCUGAGAAAUGUGCUUGACAGAGCGGGAUGCCACCAGCUGGUCCAAGGGGAGGCUUCGUGAACUCCUGGUGGGUAUCACCGUGGAGAAUGAGGCUGGCCGCUGCGAGAUCAGUGAGCUGAAGCAGGUGGAAGGCGAGGCUUCCUGCAGCAGCCGCAAAGGAAAGCUGAUUUUCUUCUAUGAGUGGAACAUCAAGCUGGGCUGGAAAGGUAUCAUUAGAGAAUCUGGUGCGAAGCACAAGGGGUUGAUUGAAAUACCCAGCCUGUCUGAAGAAAAUGAAGUAGAUGACACUGAGGUGAACGUGAGUAAAAAGAAAGGAGAUGGGGAUAUUCUGAAGGAUCUUAUGAAAACUGCAGGCACCGCCAAGGUCAGGGAAGCCCUUGGAGAUUACCUGAAGGCACUUAAGACGGAAUUUACACUGGGAAUGAUUUUACCAACCAAAGCUAUGGCAGCCCAGGAACUGACAGUUAAAAGGAAACUGAGUGAGAAUACCUUGCAGGCCUCCUCCCCGGUGGCACUGGGUGUAAGGAUUCCCACCGUGGCCCUGCGCAUGACAGAACUCUUUGACACAGCUACUGAGCAGCUGUACAGAAUCUUCACUGUGAAAGAUUUGGUGCAAAAAUUUUCUAAAUCUCCUGCUGUAUUAGAAGCUGAAAAGGGAGGGAAAUUCCAAAUGUUUGAUGGAAACAUCUCCGGUGAAUAUACAGAACUGUUAACAAAUAAAAAGAUCGUCAUGAAAUGGAGAUGUAGGAACUGGCCAGAAGAACACUAUGCAAUAGUCGCACUGAAUUUUGUGCCUACGCUAGAGCAAACGGAAUUACAAUUGGACUGUAAAGGAGUUCCUAUCUGUGAAGAAGAGAACAUGAAAUUUUGUUGGCAGAAGCAGCAUUUUGAAGAAAUAAAAGGUUUACUGCAAUUGACCACCCUAAAUGGUUGAGUUAGUUAGGAGAUUUUAUAAGGGCAUUACUUUUUGUAAACAAAGUAUCAUGUUUACCUCUUCCUCUAUUGUUCCUUUAAAAAAAAAUACUCUAAUUUAUACUAGAUGAAAUCCACGAACUAAUACAGAAUUGAAAGCA